GGAGCACGUCCUCGCGUAUUUCACUAAUCCCAACUUGGUGAGCUUCAGUGGGGCUGCAUCGUAGAGAUCGUAUCGUCGCACGGGAUAAUGUUUACCAAGAAGAAAAAGAAACCACAGAUCUCCACGCCAACCAACUUUGAGCACAGAGUGCAUACUGGAUUUGAUAAACGUGAGGGCAAGUUCGUUGGAUUGCCGCUGCAAUGGGCUUCCAUAGUCGGGAAUAAUCAGAUUCUGAAGUCUACCAACAGACCACUGCCCUUGGUCGAUCCAAGCGAGAUCACACCUACCGAGAUCCUUGACUUGAAGACCAUUGUAAGAGGCCAUAAUGAUCCUAGGAUAAACAGACCACUUGCCACUGAUAGAACUGUCGAGAAUGGCUUGCCUAAGACUAGUACAGUCGCUCGUUCCAAUUCUCUUCGUUCUUCGAGUCCGCCACGACUCAGGAGAGAUUACAGGCAUAACAGCAAUCUUCCGCCAUCCGUCCCAGAAGGCCAAGAGAUACCUUCAAAUGUUAAUCAGGGUUUUACGAACUUUGGCAAGCCACAUAACUACAUCGAUAAACUAAGACAAAAUUCACCGAAUGUUAGCAGUGGACUGAAUUCCAGUAUGCAAAACAUGCUCCCAAAUCUUCAAAAUCUCAAUCCUAAUAUGCAAUCUUCGCCAAAUUUAGCUCACUCGGGAUCAAAUGUACCAAACUUAUCUUUAAAUUUCCAAAAUUUAAGUCCUAUUGUAAAUUCGCAAGCUCCAGUACAAAGUCCAAAUACCCCGCAACUUCUUGACACAGAAUUUCAUAGACUAAAUUCACAAAUGGCUAUGACGUCAGGUCAUUAUAAUGGCAAUGUACAGGGUUCAACUAUAGAUCCAUCGAGGGAACAUCAAGCUGGCCAAAAUGUCUUAUUAUACAAGCUACAGCCAAAAAUUUCGCCAGUGGGUUCAAUAGCUUCCCAACGACCUCUGAGUCAACUGAGUUCACAUAAUAUUAAUAAAUAUUCUCAGGCAUAUAUGUCUGAGAAUCCAUCUAAUCUCCAAUCACAUUUGAAAAAGCCGAUGGAAACAUCCCAAUCAAUGCAUAACUUAUCAAAGCCUAACAUACCGUCUGCAGUAUCAGGAACUAGUUCUACUCCAGAUCAAAAUCAGAAUUUGAAAAGUGCUGUUUCCUCAGGGAACUUAGCAGUUAGUGCAAGUUCGAAUAAUACCAAUAAACAAACGGAGCAGAGACUUACGCAUGAACAGUUUCGGGCUGCUUUACAAAUGGUGGUAAGCCAAGGUGAUCCAAGAGAAAAUUUGGAGAAUUUCUUGAAGAUUGGUGAAGGCAGCACAGGAACUGUAUGCAUAGCUACAGAUAAGAGUACAAACCGUCAGGUUGCAGUCAAGAAAAUGGAUUUAAGGAAACAACAGAGACGCGAAUUACUUUUUAACGAAGUCGUUAUUAUGAGAGACUACCAUCAUCCAAAUAUAGUUGAGAUGUAUAAUAGUUUCUUGGUAGACGAUGAAUUAUGGGUCGUUAUGGAAUAUCUAGAGGGUGGUGCGCUAACCGAUAUUGUAACACAUUCAAGAAUGGAUGAGAGUCAGAUAGCUACAGUGUGUUCUCAGUGUCUUAAGCCACUGGCAUAUUUACACUCGCAAGGUGUUAUACACAGGGACAUUAAGUCUGAUUCAAUAUUACUUACGGCGGAUGGCAGAGUAAAGCUAUCAGAUUUUGGCUUCUGUGCUCAAGUUUCUCAAGAAUUACCAAAGCGAAAGUCUCUCGUAGGAACUCCGUACUGGAUGAGUCCUGAAGUUAUUUCAAGGUUGCCAUAUGGACCUGAAGUGGAUAUCUGGUCGUUAGGAAUAAUGAUUAUUGAAAUGAUCGACGGUGAGCCACCAUUUUUCAAUGAACCACCUCUACAAGCUAUGAGACGAAUCAGAGAUAUGCCACCACCAAAACUAAAAAAUUUUCAUAAAGUUAGUCCACGUCUUCAAGGCUUCCUUGAGCGAAUGCUCGUACGUGAUCCAGCGCAACGAGCCACGGCAGCUGAAUUAUUACAACAUCCAUUCCUUAGGCAAGCUCAAAGUCCUAGUAUCUUGAUUCCAUUAAUGAGAGGCGCCAGACAUACAAAUUGUUAACGAGAUUACAUCUUCGUAAGCUAGAAUGUUAGUCAAAGCAGACAUUUUAUUACUAGAAUAUUCUCAACAAUAUCGUGUUGAACUACUUAUUCUCUGAGGGCAGCUUUUGGCAAUUUGUGAAUUAUUUCAAUUCUGCCAUCCUCAUAUAGAGAGUUUCUAAGUUUUUAUCUUUUUUUUGCGAUAGACA